AUGAUCUUUCUUGUGAGCAACGUCAAGCCUGGCCACGGAAGCGUGAACUGCGUAUUUUGGCACCCGCGCAUUGGUCAGAUAUUUUGUGGCUCAUCUGAUGGCGUCGUGACUGUGCAUUACGAUGCCUCUCGAAGCACGCGUGAGCUUGGCGCACUUCGAUGUGCUGGUCGCGCUACCACGGAAGCCAGUCGGCGUCGGCGAAUUGGGGAAGGCGAAGCAUUCAUCCGUCCCACAUUACUUUUUUAUGAUGAGGAGGAUCUUAACCUCGCCCGGAAGACUAAGAAAGGCAGGCAGGCAACACUGGAUGCAAUGGCUGCAGCUACUCCAGAGUUGGCCGAGACCAUGCUCGCAUUGGUGGCAGUAAAUGCCACUCGAUCGGCAGAACGCCAGGCUACUUUAGAUCGCAUGGAUAAAGAGAUAAAGGCACGAUCGCGAGCUAAGAAUCCGGAGAAAACAGAGGAAAGGGGAGACAAAGUAGGCAGUUUGCAUCAGUACAUGGUGCAACAGAUCGUCCUCAGGCCAAACGAAGCCGAUAAACGAGCAGAGGCAGACAUUCGAGGAGCUAUUCUUCGCCAUGCGGAGGCCAGCAAAAAGCCUUUUUGGACCAAAGCCUACACCAAGACCCAGCCAAACACAAUUUUCCAGAAUCCCGAAGAGGAGGUUCGGAAGGACCCAACUCCUACUUGGAAAAAAAAGAAACUUGCUUGA